GACACCGUUGUGUCGUUUCUGUCAAAUAAACCGUAAACAAAGUACAAUAAAAAACAUCUUUAAAUAAGUUUGUAAACCCUUUAUAAAUUAUUAAUAGAAUAUAUUGUUUAAUAAAGAAGAGUUAUAUUAUAUAAUGGCAAAGAUGAAUUCUACUAGCUUAUAUAUAACUACAAGCCAAAUAAUAUUAAAAUCCGAUCCAAACAAUCCAAGUACCUGGCAAGAUCUGUAUCGCUUAGCACCUUAUUUAAGAAACUCGCUCUGCUGUGUAGUGUGCGGGAAUUUGUUAACAGACCCUUUAACACCUGUAAGUGGUAAAUGUCAACAUCACAUAUGUAGAAAGUGUAAAGGUGGACGUAAAAAAAUUAAACCGGCGUGUCUGUGGUGCAAGGAUUGUAAAUCGUACACGGAAAACCAGACAUUGCGAAUACUUCUGCAGUGUUACAAAAAGAUGUGUAUAAUGUUAACACAAUCGGGAAUAUUUCAGCGACUACUACAAUUAGCAACGCAGGAUAGUGGCUUUGGAGCUAGUAAUCUUAUAAUGUUAAUAAAGGAAGGAGCGUCGUUCGAAGAUGAUUACCAAAUUAAUGUAGGUUUAUCAAAGUCAUUAUAUAGCAUUUUACCUUGCAUAUACACAAAUUCGUCGACACAAACUUUACAGCUAACUCAUAAUGAUAAGAAUAGAGGCAUGUUGUUAAAUUCCACUAUGCAAAAGGUUACCGAUCACGAAGCAUUAUAUUCAAUCACAUAUGCAGGGUCCGGCAAUAAAAUCACUAUAAAGCGUAAAUCGAAAGAAACUCACAUUCCAAUUAAAAAAGAAAACUGCAAUAAGGCCCUUUUCAAGAAACCUACAAACAAGUGCAUAUUAAAGUCUCGUCAUGGAUGUCGUUGCGGAAAUGCUACAGCAACUCCGGGAAAAUUAACAUGCUGUGGUCAGCGAUGUCCUUGUUACGUGGAAAGUAAAGCUUGCCUGGGAUGUAAAUGCAGAGGGUGCCGAAAUCCUCACCGUCCCGACGGGAAUAAAGUUCGACCACAUGUCUCGCAAGUCCAACAUCUCGAAAGCAUAUCAACUUUAGCCGCUCAAAAUCGGAAAAUUCAGGUUACGAACGUAGAAUUAGACACGAAAAUGACUGUGGAAGAGUUUAAUGAGCAUUUAAUGGUAGCCAACAUAAAAGUACUCGAACCUUUUAAGAAAAUACCAACUUCGUUACCACAUGCUAUCCUAGUGAGUGAUAUGUCUGAAGAUGAGGAGAUUACUGUGGACGUUUGACUGACAUUUCUCUCUUCGAAUUUACUUACGUUUUAGUAUUAAGCAGAAUCAGUGAUAUUUUUCUUUAUAUAAUAGUGUGUUGAGUGUACUAUAGUUAUAUCGGAAGUAAUCAAAGCGUUUUUUUUUAGUUUGGUUUACACAUUAGUUACGGAACAACACGCUCAUUUGUGUUGGAUAUCAGGCUUUCUUAGGAACACUAAGUCAAACGCCGCCCUCUAUGGGUUCACACUGUGGCAGUCAUUAACUAGAUCAAAUAUUGUCUGUUAAAGCAGAAACAAUUUGAAACAAGACGCAUGUUUAAGAUAUGCAGCACUUUUUUCCAUUGAAUCAAAAUUAGACAAUUCUUUGUGUUGAACAUGUAAAACAUAAUAAAAUAGAAAUAACUAUUUUUUUUAAAUAUGUUUUGUGAUAACUGUUUUGAGCAAAGGAA